GGCUUGUGUAUUCCAGGCAUGGAGCGGCAGGCAGGGUCGGGGUUGGCUGUUCGGAGGUCCCGGCACAAUGUGGUGGCUUCGGGUCACGGGAACCGGCGGGAGGAGAACAGUGGUAAUGAGCGGAAGACGCGGAGCUGGGGGUUGGUGUUCGGAGCGGGGGUGCCUGUCGUGCUCUUCCUCUAUGUGCUCGGGAUAAGAGGACUGGUGCACCUCUCACUGCGACAACUGGUCACCCCGGGCGCCCGCACCGGGCACUUCAACGGUACCACUGCCAGGACGUAUCUGGAGGAGAUCACAGCUAUUGAUUCUAGGACAGUGGGGAGCCCUGCAAAUGAAAUCCUUGCAGUCAACUAUAUAUUGGAGAGGAUCAAAGACAUUCAGAAGCAGAAAAACAAGGUCCACAAGAUAACCGUAGAUAUACAAAGACCUACUGGGUCAUUCAGCAUCAACUUUCUUGGAGGUUUCACCAGUUACUAUGAUAACAUAACUAAUAUAGCUGUGAAGUUGGAACCAGCACGGGGAGCACAGCAUGCUGUACUUGCAAACUGUCACUUUGAUUCAGUUGCCAACACCCCAGGUGCCAGUGAUGAUGCUGUAAGCUGUGCAGUACUACUUGAAAUCCUAGGAUCACUGUCAAGUACGCCACUUUCUUUGAAACAUGCAAUUAUAUUCCUGUUCAAUGGUGCGGAAGAAAAUAUUCUACAGGGUAGCCAUGGUUUCAUUACACAACACCCAUGGGCCAAGCUUGUUCGUGCUUUUAUCAAUUUGGAGGCUGCUGGUGUUGGUGGAAAGGAGCUGGUAUUUCAGACAGGCCCUGAAAACCCAUGGCUUGUACAAGCAUAUGCAGAGGCUGCUGUCCACCCUUUUGCUUCAGUGGUGGCCCAAGAGAUAUUCCAGAGUGGUGUUAUCCCUUCAGAUACAGAUUUCCGCAUUUACAGAGACUUUGGCCAUAUUCCAGGUAUUGACCUGGCCUUCAUUGAGAAUGGUUACAUUUACCAUACAAAAUAUGACACCGCAGAUAGAAUUCACACAGACUCCAUCCAAAGAGCAGGUGACAAUAUAAUGGGGGUAUUGAAAUACUUGGCAUCUUCACAUCUUCUUGCUGACGCCUCAGAAUAUCGUCAUGGGAACUUGGUUUUCUUUGAUGUGUGCGGCUUCUUUGUUCUGUGCUAUCCAGCUCGCAUUGGUACCAUCGUAAAUUACAUCAUUGGCACAGUUACUUUGUUUUAUUUAAGCAAAAACACCAUUAAAUACAAGAGAGCAGGUAUGAACUAUGCUCGUGAUCUCAUGGUUGGACUAUUCAUCACAGUGACAAGCUGGAUCUCGGCUCUAGUAACUGUUCUUAUCAUGGCAGUGCUGGUUACUUUGAGUGGUGGUGCCCUCUCAUGGUAUACACAUUUCUAUGUGUCUGUGGCUCUGUAUGGUGCUGCGGCUCUAGCUAAGCUCCUAUUAAUGCACUCACUGGCUAAACAGUUCUAUUUUGCUAACACAAACAAACAGUACCUUGGAGACCUCUUCUUUGAUGUGUCCUUGCUUUCAUGGGGCAUACCCAUGGUGCUCUUUACUAAUAAAGGCUUGUGCUCUGCUUAUUUCUUCGCCAUGUGGGUGAUUUUUCCGUUGAUCACAAAAGUGUUUCUUCGGCAAGAAUUUAUUUAUCAAGGUUCAUCCUAUAAAUACAUUGCCAUAUACCUGUUGGGAUUAUUUUAUCCUUGUCUACACACCAUGUAUUAUGUGUGGGCAGUGUUUGAGAUGUUCACGCCUAUCCUUGGACGCAGCGGUACAGAAAUCCCACCUGAUGUGGUGAUGGCCACUUUAUUGGUUGUUUGUACAGUUAUUCUUUUAUCUUACUUUAUCAAGUUUAUUUAUCUAGUGAAGAGCACCAAAAAGUUAAUGAUGUGUUUGGCAUUUGUGUCUGGUAUGAUGUUCGUCCUUGUUUGUAGUGGCCUGUUCUUUCCAUAUAGUGGCAGUAUGGAUAGUCCCAAGCCAAAGAGGAUCUUCCUGCAGCAUACAACACGGACUUUUCACAAUUUGAAUGGGGAAGUGGUUAAGACAGAUUCUGGUAUAUGGAUAAAUGGCUUUGACUACAGUGGAUUAUUUCACGUCACUCCUCACAUACCUGAAUUAAACGACACCGUCAGAGCCCCUUGUGAAGAUGCUCCAUUCUGCGGAUACCCCUGGUUUUUUCCUGUUCAUUUUUUGCUCAGGAAAAACUGGUAUCUCCCAGCACCCCCUCCUCCUGUCUCUGAGAACAUAGAGUUUAAACUUGUAUCCAGGGAGGAGAUGCCAUGGGGUUCUACUCGAAUGAACUUUGAGGUUAAAGGACCAAGUCACAUGACAAUAUAUGUGCGCUCACAUGACCAUUUUGUGCUGUCUAGCUGGUCUCUGGGUGAUGGGUUACCAGUGCCAAGCAAUGGCGGAGACUACUUUGUAUAUUACUCUCAUGGCCUGCAGGCUCCAGUAUGGAAAUUUUGGAUUGAACUGAAGGGUUCAGAUGAUAAUUCUGAUGGGAUGGUUACAGUUGCUGCAGCAUCUCACUAUUUCUUUGGAUCCAAUCAGCAUUCUCCUCAGCUUGAUGCUCUUCUUCAAAAAUUCCCAGAUUGGAGCUUCCCAUCUAGCUGGGUCAGCACAUAUGAGCUGUUUGUCUAUUGA